UCAUUCAGGCGAAAUGCCGUUAGUUGGCUCUUAACUCAAAAUUUUGCACUAUCGAGGUUGAAGGGUCAAUUUUUGAGAGGCUCAACGUCUGCUCUUGGUGGAGCAUGGAGGAGAAAACUUUUUGAUAUUUUUAGCCGCAACCAACAUCAUUCAUUGGCUGCUUCCAAAACACCCAACAAUCUAGUUUUGUCACACAGUUCUUUUCUCCUACUCUCGCCAAAGAUCCUACAUCAAAAGUGCUCUCCUUGCCGUAAUCUCACCGUUUACUCCCGCUCCCACUCGAACGCAACGCAACGCAACAUAACACAACCCAAGCACGAACAUCGCAACUAAGCAAUAAUGAAGUCCGUCGUCCAGAAACUGAUCCUUGUCCUCUUGUUGGCCCUCGCCUGCACGACUUUUGUCGUUGCCGAUAGUACCGACGAGAUGGAAAUGAAGAACUCCACGAUGAUGGGCAACGGGACCUAUGACUCUGUUGACGAAGAAGGCAAUGACGAUGGGGUGAUUGAAGCCGACGAGGGCGUUUCUGCCGCGAUCAGCUUUGGACCAACCAUGGCGGCUGCAGUACUUGCAGCGUCAGCGGCCUUUUGCUACUAGCAUGCAUGGUGCCGUACCGUAUCGUGCGUGAGACGACACAAACAGUUUUUUGGGAAUCAUUGAAUGUAUAUUGUUGACGAACAGUCCAAAGUCAAAACCGUGACCAAGGGUGUGAAUACUGUGUAUACCUGUAUUAUGAAUAUGAUAUGAUCAAUCGACGCUCUGCCUUGCCUUGUUCAAGUGGUGGUGGGUCGAACCAGCUGCAUGGCUCUUAUGGCUUGACCUGCCGGGAUCAUGAGCAAUGCAUGGCAUGGACGGACUCGACGAUACAAAGGGAAGACCUGGUCGUCGUUGCUCUGCUGUGAUGUGCUGUGCUCUUGCUUUCACGGCCAAGGUUCAGGUCCGAUUUUGAGACUAUAAUGUUACCUGUGUACUGUAGAAAUACUAAUGUUUUUGUUACGAAGCCU